CAGCUCGAACGCUGCUGAGAAGUGAUUAAGAAGACGGAGCCGAGGCUGUCAGUGUGGCAGGAGGUUUCUGCUCAGAGACACGGGGAAUGAACUUCUCUCAGAGAGAGGAAGCUGCACAUUGCUAGGUUGCAUUUCUCUUUUUCAUUCAAGUAAAUUAUGAUGAGGUCGAGAUUUCUCUCAGUGGAUGUGGCUGCAGCCGGGAGACGACAGGAGGGCGUCUGAGAGCUUCCAUCAUGAGGCCCGAGCUCUGCUGGAUGCAUGUGUCCAUACUGUCUGUGCUGCUUCUCUACACCAGCGCUGAAGGUGAAGAGUCUGAAUGCCAGCCUGAGGUUAGAGUCCAUCGCAACACCGUCUACAGAGCCGUUAUUGGAGAUGAACUGAGGAUUAACUGCACAUCUUAUUUUUGUGGAGAAACACCAUCCAACAUGUCCUGGUAUAAAUAUGAAGGGGGCGAUGUCCUCAUCAACUCCAGCAAGCAGAGCCGUAUUAAAACAGAGUGGAAACAACUGAGUAACAUUGCUGGGAUUUAUUAUCUAAUCUUCACAAACAUUGUAAGAAAUGACUCAGGUCAAUUUACAUGUCAAAUUGGAAGUGAAAGGAGUCAUUUAAUCACUGUUUCAGUGGAUGACAUCGACGAGUUCAGGACAAAUUCCACAACAGGAAGCCCAGACCCUGAAGCCACAGAGUGGUGGCUGUACGUGUACUCGGCCGCGGCCAUCGGCGCGCUGGUCCUCAUCGUGAUCAUUAUAUCUGUGGCUGCGUUGCGAGGGUGUAAAGGGAAACCAAGGAAAGAAGAACAAAGAGAAAAUCAGUACAUGGUGAUCCCCAUGACCCAGCAGCCCCUCCCACAGGCCUCGCCGGGCGGAAGCCCCUCCGCCCCGCCGCGCAGGAGCCCCUCCGGCCCGCCGUGCAGGAGCUCCACCCGCAGGAAAACACAGCCGAGGCAAGGCAGCAAUCAGGAGAGAGGGGAGAGGGAGGAGCGGGAGGCGGGAUCCUCCAUUUUUUACGCGACUCUCAAUCACCCGCUGCCACCGAGGGGCCGAGUCCGGCCUCCGAGGCCGACCGAGGAGCCGUCGGAGUACGCGGCCAUCCGCGUGGCGUGAAUGACAGAAAACCCUUCAGUUUUCUCAGUUUCUAUCCUGUCUCCUUGAAUCUGAGUCCAUUUCUCAUGUGAACAGUGUCAGAAAGCGUCACCAAAUGUAUAUUUCCAGUCCUGAAACCAUCCGAUCGUGUUGUUUACGGAAAACCAACAGAUGUGUGGACAGAUGAAUGCUGAAUGUGAACAUUUUGCUUCCGAUAAAUGUGUUUUUUUAAUGUGGUUUAAGGUGUUAUUUGGAAUGUUUUAGACUUCAGACUAUGACGUUACAGACCCAUGACUUGAAUUUCCUCUGGAAAAAAAAAAAAACCUCACAUGUGAAGCGUCGCAGCAAUGUUUGACUCAUUGAUUGUAAAUCUGAGAGAAUGUUACUUUGUUUUUUCGUGCAAUCAGAUUAAUUAAAUUCUAUUCAGUUCUA